AUGGUUGGCGGUGCUACACGUGCAGCAGUUACUCAACACCAAGCGUUGGUGGGAAAUAUGGCUGAUGUUGCCGCGAAAGAUGGAAGUCAGGAGACUCUGUCCAACUUCGUAGCUUUACUCGUGAAUCUGAUCCUCCUCACCAUGGUUACGGGUAAUCUGUUCUUGAUUUGGCUACUCUUUACUUUGCUCACACCAAUUCACCUCUACGCCAAUUGGAGAGCGGUGCGGUGCUUGGAAUUUACCACUCUCAAUCGGACAAGAUUCAGCAUCCUUAUACAAGAUUGGCUUAGGAAGCACAAUGAACAAUCGGAUCAGCUGCCACCUCUCCUCUCAGUCCACGAAGUGAAUCAACGUGAACCCAUUCUCCGGUCACUUUGGUCCGACUCACGCAAUAGAAGCAUCCACCUUGGAUGCUCUUUUGAAAAACUCACUUGUGUUGUGAGAGACUGCAAACUUCUUUCAUUGUUGGGCGUGUUUGCAGAGGAACGCUACAUCCUCUACUGUCCCGAGUGGAAGAAAGUGGGUAGGUGGCUUUGA